CGGGUAGAAAAACUUAAAAGAUUAGUGACGGUGAUGCAAAACAAGAAUUCAGUGAGAUUGCGAAAUUUCUUUUCUCGAAAACAUGGCGUGCUUUGGUCACGUGUAGAGCAGGUGCUCAUCUGAGUAUAAAAUGGCAGCUGAUUCUCCUGAUUCUGAUCUUUUUCAUAUUAUUAAAAAUACCUCUUUAAAUCCUAAAGUAAGAAAUGCAGCCUGGGAGUGUAUAUUAGCUAUGACUGCUACAGAAGAUGGGCUGAAUUACAUUAUUCAAUCAGAAACUUAUAUUCCAUUUAUGCUGUCCUUUAUUCAACAAAAAAAAAUUCUGAAGGAGUUACAUGGUGUGUAUCGUUGUCUUGUGAAUAUUUCUGGGACCAGAACUGGCUGUUCUACUUUAUUGACAUUAAAAAAAGAUUUUGUUGAUUAUCUUUUUUAUUCUAUUACUGAUGUUGAUGAUCCUGUAGUUGAACUCAAAUGUUACAUUUUAAAUAAUCUUACAACUCACCUUGAUAUAUAUAAAGAUGUUUCUGAAACUGUACCAUCAGAAGAACUUUUGAAUACAUUGAUGAAGUAUCUGUGUGCAAGAGACUCUAAUAUUAAAAAAAAAUAUGAAUAUUUAAAUUUUAUAUUUAGCAAUAUUACAAGGAUACCUGCUGGACGACGAUUAUUUAUGAAAAAUGAUAAUUAUAUUCACAAUUUGGUUGAAAACUUGAAAUCAUAUGACAACUUCAACAGAUGCUUAGGUGCUGCGUUAACUCUUCGGAAUUGCUGUUUUGAUACAGAUAAUCAUAAAAGGCUUUUAGAUGACUUAAAUAUUCUUCCUGUGCUUUUGUAUCCUCUUAUGGGAUCCGAACAGUAUGAGGAAAAUGAAGUAGAACAGUUGCCCGUUGAAUGUCAGUAUUUAGAUGACCAUAAAAAAAGAAUUCAGUUUCCAGAAGUGCGAAAUGCCUUAGUGCAGGCUUUAUCAUUGUUGUGCAACUCAGAAUAUGGUUGGAACUAUUUGAAAUCACAUGGUGUUUACUUUGUUGCUCGUGAACUACAUUUGUGGGAAGAGACUGACAUUGUUUCUGAGCAUAUUGAAACCCUGGUCGGAUAUAUGCUUGUUGAUGAAUUCUCAAGUCCAGAGCAUGAUAAUGAUAAAAUAAUAGAGCCUCAUGCUUUACGUUCUGUAGAAUUUACGCUAUGUUGAAUUCAUGUUUACUUUAUGUUGAACUCAUGUUUACUUUAUGUUGAACUCAUGUUUAAAUUUUUCUUUUAAGAAUACUUGUAAAAAAAUUUUUACUAAACAUAUGGGGAAUUCUGCUAAUAAAAGAUCAGUGAAAAUUA